CAAGCAAAUGUCAUAUAAACGUCAAUCGUUCAGUUCAUUAUCCACAUCAAUUCGAUCACAUUGUGGCAAUUUCGACACGAAAAUCUUAUACAAAAUCAUUAAUUUCAGCCUUUUGCUUAUUUUAAUAUCAUAACAAGAUGUACCCCGUUGGGCAACCUCCAGCGGGGGAGACAAGCAGUGGAGCGGUGGGUGUGUCGGGCGCCGUGAGUGCGGCGGCGGGCACUACGGGAGCUGCGCCAGGGGCGGCGAGCACGGCUCCGACCACGGCGUCUCCGGCCGGCGGUGCGACGGCCACAGGCGCUAUGUCCAUCGUGUCACCAGCCGCUGCUCCACCGCCGGAUCUUCCGGUGCUCACGUGUCCACGCCGCCCAAAUCUUGGCCAUGAAGGCAGACCGAUUAUGCUUAGAGCGAAUCAUUUCCAAAUAUCAAUGCCAAGAGGUUUUGUACAUCAUUACGAUGUCAAUAUACAACCAGAUAAAUGUCCUAGAAAGGUGAAUAGAGAAAUUGUUGAGACUAUGGUACAUUGUUACAAUAAAAUAUUUGGUGCCCUCAAACCAGUGUUUGAUGGUAGAAAUAAUUUGUACACAAGAGAUCCUCUCCCCAUUGGUAACGACAGAGUGGAACUUGAGGUGAUCCUGCCGGGAGAGGGAAAGGACAGAGUUUUUCGUGUUACAAUCAAAUGGGUUGCUCAGGUUUCACUAUUUGCAUUAGAAGAGGCUUUAGAAGGACGUACAAGGCAAAUCCCUUAUGACGCUAUCUUGGCACUUGAUGUUGUGAUGAGACAUUUGCCAUCAAUGAUGUACACACCAGUGGGCCGCUCGUUUUUCUCAUCUCCUGAGGGAUACUAUCAUCCCCUUGGAGGGGGAAGAGAAGUAUGGUUUGGUUUCCAUCAGUCUGUCAGACCAAGUCAGUGGAAAAUGAUGUUAAAUAUUGACGUUUCGGCAACUGCAUUCUACAAAGCCCAACCAGUGAUCGAAUUUAUGUGUGAAGUAUUAGACAUAAGGGACAUUAAUGACCAAAGAAAACCUCUAACAGACUCACAAAGAGUCAAAUUCACGAAAGAAAUAAAAGGUCUCAAGAUAGAAAUCACUCACUGUGGUACGAUGAAGAGAAAAUACAGAGUUUGCAAUGUGACACGCAGACCCGCGCAAAUGCAGUCAUUCCCUCUGCAGCUAGAGAACGGACAAACAGUGGAGUGUACGGUAGCUAAAUAUUUCCUGGACAAGUACAAGAUGAAACUACGGUACCCACACUUGCCGUGCCUACAAGUUGGGCAGGAGCACAAACACACAUACCUCCCAUUAGAGGUGUGCAACAUCGUGCCCGGACAACGAUGCAUUAAGAAACUGACAGACAUGCAAACAUCCACCAUGAUUAAAGCCACUGCUCGCUCAGCACCCGAUAGGGAACGUGAAAUCAACAACUUGGUACGACGCGCGAACUUCAACACGGACUUGUAUGUGAAGGAGUUUGGGCUGACGAUAUCCAACAACAUGAUGGAAGUGAGAGGGCGCGUGCUGCCGCCGCCGAAGCUACAGUAUGGCGGCCGCGUCUCCUCACUAGGCGGACAACAAGCGCUGCCGAACCAGGGCGUGUGGGACAUGCGCGGCAAGCAGUUCUUCAUGGGCGUGGAGAUCCGAGUUUGGGCCAUCGCGUGCUUCGCACCACAACGCACAGUCAGAGAAGACGCCUUGAAAAACUUCACACAGCAACUCCAGAAGAUAUCGAACGAUGCGGGCAUGCCGAUUAUCGGGCAACCGUGUUUCUGCAAGUACGCCACCGGGCCGGACCAAGUGGAACCCAUGUUCAAAUACCUGAAGUCUACGUUCGUACAAUUGCAACUGGUCGUCGUGGUACUACCUGGAAAGACGCCCGUUUACGCGGAGGUGAAGCGCGUAGGCGACACGGUGCUCGGCAUGGCGACACAGUGUGUGCAGGCCAAGAAUGUGAACAAGACCUCGCCGCAGACGCUCUCCAACUUGUGCCUCAAGAUCAACGUCAAGCUCGGCGGCAUCAACUCUAUCCUUGUGCCGUCGUUGCGUCCCAAGGUAUUCAACGAGCCCGUGAUCUUCCUGGGCGUGGACGUGACGCACCCGCCGGCGGGCGACAACAAGAAGCCGAGCAUCGCGGCCGUGGUGGGCUCCAUGGACGCGCACCCCAGCCGCUACGCCGCCACCGUGCGCGUGCAGCAGCACCGUAUUGACGAUGUGUGCAGACAAGAGAUCGUGCACGAGAUGAGCAGCAUGGUACAAGAGCUGCUGAUAAUGUUCUACAAGAGUACGGGCGGGUUCAAACCGCACCGCAUCAUCAUGUAUCGCGACGGUAUUUCUGAAGGACAAUUUAUACAUGUUCUGCAACAUGAACUGACGGCCGUGCGCGAGGCUUGCAUCAAGCUGGAAGCGGAGUAUAAGCCAGGCAUAACAUUCAUAGUGGUACAGAAACGGCACCACACGAGGUUGUUCUGCGCCGAUAAAAAGGAACAAUCCGGCAAGUCCGGGAACAUUCCGGCCGGUACCACUGUCGACCUCGGUAUCACGCACCCUACCGAGUUCGACUUCUAUCUCUGCAGCCACCAGGGUAUUCAGGGCACGUCGCGGCCGUCGCACUACCACGUGCUGUGGGACGACAACCACUUCGGGUCGGACGAGCUGCAGUGCCUGACGUACCAGCUGUGCCACACGUACGUGCGCUGCACGCGGUCCGUGUCCAUCCCCGCGCCCGCGUACUACGCGCACCUGGUGGCGUUCCGCGCGCGCUAUCACCUGGUGGAGAAGGAGCACGACUCGGGCGAGGGCUCGCACCAGUCGGGCUGCAGCGAGGACCGCACGCCCGGCGCCAUGGCGCGCGCCAUCACCGUGCACGCCGUCACCAAGAAAGUCAUGUACUUCGCAUAGGCGGGCUCACCGGCCAAGUCGAUCGGAUAGCGCGAUCUACCUGUUGUCGAGCCUCUCUAACGGUCUCACGCAACUGUAACGAGCUCAAACUAAUAUAACACCGCGAUAGUGUUCCAUCCGAUGAGCGUUAGAAAUUGACGAGUGCCCGCCGUCCGCGAUCGAGCUCGAACGUACGUACACAAUAUACAGACCCAAAACGGCCCAAAGACGAAUAUAUCGGAAUUAAUAAAUUAUUAUAUUGUUUUUAUUUUGUAGCUGUAAAUUGUGUAAUUUUGAUGCCUCGAUGGACGCGUGUUAAUGAAAAUAUUCGAUCGACUUUGUCACGUAGGACGUUGCUGUGCGAAUCGGAUCUCUAGCUAAAUUAUUUCUUGUUCGUAACCAUAUUCGCCUGAGCGUGGUCUGAGCAAACCAUGGCAAUUAUUAUGAACUUUUGCAGCAAAAUGAGCAGCUGUCCACUGUCUCUGAUGUUACUACGGGAAACGAAAUAAAUAAUCGAUAUUCCAUUAUUUUCUCUAGUAAUAUUCAUCAGCCGGGAAGAUUAUCAAUUUUCAAAUAUUUUUUUGAAAAAAUAUAAGGGGCUUAUAGGGUUACGAAAACAUUACUAUACCUUCGUAAAGAUCAAGACAUUUAUACUUUAAAAUGUACAGAAGUAUUUUCUUUAUUACUUUUAAAAUCUUUAUAUAUAAUCAUCGCACGACACCAAAAGUUUAACAAGUUAACAGAGAACACCGCAGUUGUGCGAUACAAUAUGGUCAUUACAUGGUAAAUAAUAAUGAAUGGGGAUUAAGUGUAGGACACCUCUGUUGAUUUGUUAAACAAUAGUUUAAGAAUUUAUCUAUAUAGUAUGUUAAGGAAACCUCGAUUCAAAAAGCAAUAGUAUAAAAUUAUAAAUGUUCACAAAUUAACUACAUUAUCUUAGCUUUACUACAUAUAGCCUUAUAUGAAACUCCACAAUAUCAAUAGAACUAAUAAAUGAAUUUAUUCUAUAUUAUGAUGUCACGUGUUACUCGCUGUAGAAAUUGAAAUGUGUUUUACAUUAAUGCCCACUACUAUGCCAAUACAACAAAUACUGGUCAUGACAAUACACGGUGGAUCACGUCUUCUGGUAUGUACUGGCGUAAUGGUGAUUACAUUACAUUUAUCAUAAUAAUACCUAUUUAAUGAGAUAAUGAAUUUAGCCAUCUAAAGUAUAUUUUUAAACUAAAUUUUACUUUAGUUUUAGACAGCCCACGGGUUCGGGUAACUUGUUAAUGUCAUUGACACUCAUACACCAAAAUAAUAAAGUUUCUCCAUGAUAAUAGUAAGAACGUAUGGACCGCAUAUAUUAGCGUAAGUAGUUUACAAUUUUGUUGUGGAAAUGGCAUCUGCAAGUUGUUUUAUUUUUAUAUAUCGCUUAACUCUGUCAAUAACGUGUACGCCUAAUUAUAUACUUACCGUAAUUAGUGCCUGAUCAAAUUAUAGUAGAAAUAUGAGACAUAAGAUCAACAUAAUUAUGUAUAUCGAAAUAUAUAUAUAUAUAUAUAUAUAUAUAUAUAUGUGUGUAUAUCGUGUGUCGGAGCCUUUAUUUCUAGUUUCGGUUGCUGUUUAAGUUUGUAGAACUGUGCUACUCUUGUUACUUAAUGCCUGCCAAAUGUUCGGUGCACGUGCACUGGACGCAUAUUCUAUCGAUCCAUUUUAGAUAUAGGCAUAUAUUGUAUGUAAUAAGUUAUUAUUUUAAUAAUAUAAUUAUGAAUCUAAACAAGGGAAAAGGAAGUUCUUAAGUGUAAGUGCAAUUUCAAAUCUAAGUAUAUCAUUCAAACGUGUAUUUUAAUAUUAUAAUAAUGAAAUUUUGUAUGAAAGCUCCAGGUAUCGGUACCCCCUGUAUAGCACUAGAGGCCAAUGAUUCGUUAGCUCGUUUUCAGUAUGAAAUAGAUCUAGUAUUUUUAUAUUCGCCCUUUAUAAAACUAAAUAACAUUAGUAAUAAAUUGAAAUUGUCUUACAGUUAGUGUCAAUAGUUUCUGCCGAAGAUCUCAGAGCCUAGCAAUACACAAUAUAGAAAUAAUUAGAUUCCUCCAGCACAAUCAAUUACUGUGACGUUGGCAAUAUGAAGAUACAAAUUAAAACUAAUUCGUAAUCUAGCGUUAUGUGUCUCGUGUCUUGUUACUGUAUAUAUGUUAUUGGCGCUAAAUUACUCUGCUAGGUUUAGUGAAACAUCUUGAUGCCGAGAAUUAAUUAUAGUUACUUAGUAAGUUACACGAUCAGAGAAAUAGGUCAUAUGCAAUAACUAGAUACAUUAUUAUUAUUUCUGCUAAUUUAAGAUAACUUCAACACUGCAAUCCCCCUGGAGGCCAAAAAUAUAAGGUUGUUUUGCCGCCUUUUAGUUUUAAGUUGAUAUUUCAUCAUUUCUUUCUUCUUUUCUGAUAUAAAAUAUCAGGUUUUAGUUAAAGGGGGCCCGGGUAGGUAUUAGUGUUACAUUAAGAUAUAGUCAGCUUUAAUGUGUACAAUUUAGCGAUUAUUGGUAGCUACUUAAAACUAUCUUCUACUUGAAAAUAUUAGCUCAAAUAUUCGGGAAUUAAAUAAUUUGUAAUUGGAUCAUUGCAUUUUAGAUUAAGCACAUUAUCUUCUCCGGGCUUCUGAUAAAUUAUGUCGAACUCCUUUUGAUAUACGAGUAUAUUAGUAUUUAAGUUUUGUAUUGUGUUCGCUUUCAAAACUAAAUGUUAUUAACGUUGGAUCGUACAUGGCUUGUAUGUGAACGUAUGUGUAAUAUUUGUUGUGUAUUGCACACGAAACGCUUUAACUGUUUAGACUACACCAAGUUAGGUUUUGAUAUAGAUUGUAAAAUAGAUUCCAAAUUUCCUUCGUGCAGGGUAAGCAUCAUUAUACUUAUCGAUUUAAAAGACCGCGACGUAUAUUAAUUUUUUAAAAUAGCGCUCAAUAUGACUGUUGUUCUGUCCCACACAAUCCAGGGUUUUAUGUUUUCCCGCCUCACUUCAGAAUGAAAUAUCAAGUAUAUGAGUACAGAAUAUAAUCUGUGUUUUAUGAUUCACGAAACAUGAUUUUGUUUCUUAACUGUUAUCUCACUCCUUCUUUAUCUUGUAAUAUCAUUAGCAAUGUCUUGGAAAUCAUUGACUACUCUUCAAUUUGUUUUCUUUAACACAAAUAAGUCACUUAGUACUCUCUUUCAAAGAACUCUUGAGUGUCAUAUAAGUCCGACUAGAAAUAUGCUAGCGCUUAUAAUUCCUGUAGAUGAAGUAAACGCAGAUUGCUAUUCUCGAAUUAGUAAGUCCCUUUGUUGUCGUUAAUGUCCAAGCAUAUUUUUGUUCAGAAUAAGUUAAAAUUCCUUCAUUAUAGACAUUUUGAUAUUACGACAUCUACCUAGUCCAGUUUUCGGAACGUUAACUUUUGAACUUUUCGUUGAAGACCGUCUAUAUUUAAAAGUUUGAGGCUAAACUUGGAAUCUGUUGUUUUAACGAUUUAUUAUCAGUUUUAAUUAUGAAAUCAAUGUAAAAAACUUUUAUUUAGUAUGAAUCAUCAUAACUUCAUGCAUUUGUAAUCAAAAGGUAGCGAUAAAUUAAUGUAGAUGGACUUCAGAAUAAUGUGCAGUGCAUGGGUUGUAAUACAAUCUGUUUACUUAUUA